UGCAGAGACAACAGGUGUCACAGCUUCACCUGGGAGCCCACUGAGAGAGUCAGAGACCUGGGAAUAAAACUGCAGCGGAUCUUUAUUCUGAUCAGCCUCGGCACUUACAACUGCUUUAUCCUUAGUUUGCAGGCAAGACUAUAAAGGCAUGGACAAGUACAGACUGCUCCUCAGCAUCCUCUUUGUGACUCUGUCUUGGGGUUGUAUGAGGACAUCUGCUCAGAACAACCCAAACGCAACAGCAACAGGAGGAAAUGCAACGGCACCAGGAGAAAAUGCGACAGCACCAGGAGGAAAUGCAACAGCCCCAGGAGGAAACGCAACAGCCCCAGGAGGAAACGCAACAUCACCUGGAGGAAACGCAACAGCACCAGGAGGAAACGCAACAGCACCAGGAGGAAACGCAACAGCACCAGGAGGAAACGCAACAGCACCAGGAGGAAAUGCGACAGCACCAGGAGGAAAUGCAACAGCCCCAGGAGGAAACGCAACAGCCCCAGGAGGAAACGCAACAUCACCUGGAGGAAACGCAACAGCACCAGGAGGAAACGCAACAGCACCAGGAGGAAACGCAACAUCACCUGGAGGAAACGCAACAGCACCAGGAGGAAACGCGACGGCACCAGGAGGAAACGCAACAGCACCAGGAGGAAACGCGACGGCACCUGGAGGAAAUGCAACAUCACCUGGAGGAAACCCAACAGCACCAGGAGGAAACAAUCCAACAUCUCCCCCUAUAAUAAGCCAAGCUCCUCCAUUGUCACCAAACACCUCAGUGGAAGCUCUUCCAACAAAUCUUUCCAGAUCUGAGUGUGGAAAGUCACAACUGUGUGCAGCAGAGCCCUCUACUUGUGACCCAACAACAGAUUCAUCGUGCUUCUUUCUUGGUGCCCAGAAAAAGGGUGAUAACUUUGAGUUUUCACUCUCAGGACAGUCUGAUGGUUAUGUGGCAGCAUCUGUGCUGAUUCCUACCAUUGGGAAAGAAGUUGUUUAUAUCUGUGCAAAUGACAACAAUAAAGUGAAGUUUUUUGGUGCCAUUCUGGAAAACAACCAACUAAAAUUAACAAAUCUCAGCGUAAACUCUGUGAAGGGUAAGGUCAGAGGCAGAACAAUCCAGUGCACAUUCGGCGCCACAGUACCAGACCCACGUGUUCCAGCAAGCAAUAGAGCACGCAGAGCAGCAGAUGUCACCCUCUCUGUCUCAACUGGACCGUACAACGCAAACUCUGACAGUUUAGGAACACCAACCCCAACAAUAAGAGCAACUGUUCCUGACCUGGCAAACAGUAAUACCACUGUUGUCAAUGAUAUUAGCAACUCAACAAAUACAAGCACACCACAAGGAAACUCAACAACAUCAACAGGAAACUCAACAACAUCAACAGGAAACUCAACAACAUCAACAGGAAACUCAACAACAUCAACAGGAAACUCAACAACAUCAACAGGAAACUCAACAACACCAGGAGGAAACUCAACAACAUCAACAGGAAACUCAACAACACAAGCUCCUGCAUUGUCACCAAACACCUCAGUGGAGGCUCUUCCAACAAAUCUUUCCAGAUCUGAGUGUGGAAAGACACAACUGUGUGCAGCAGAGCCCUCUACUUGUGACCCAACAACAGAUUCAUCGUGCUUCUUUCUUGGUGCCAAGAAAAAUGGUGAUAACUUUGAGUUUUCACUCUCAGGACAGUCUGAUGGCUAUGUUGCAGCAUCUGUGCUGAUUCCUCUCAUUGGGAAAGAAGUUGUUUAUGUCUGUGCAAAUAACAACAAUAAAGUAAAGUUUAUUGGUGCCAUUCUGGAGAGCAACCAACUUAAAUUAACAACUCUCAGCGUAAACUCUGUGAAGGGUAAGGUCAGAGGCAGAACAAUCCAGUGCACAUUCCUGGCCACAGUACCAGACCCACUUGUUCUAGCAAGCAAGAGAGCACGCAGAGCUACAGACGUCACCGUCUCUGUCUUAACUGGAUCGUACAAUACAAGCUCUGACGAUUUAGGAACACCAACCCCAACAAUAAGAGCAACUGUUUCUGACCUGGCAAACAGUAAUACCACUGUUGUCAAUCAGAUUAACAACUCAACCACACCUGCACCAGGAGGAAACUCAACAACUCAAGCAGGAAACACAGUCGGAUCUCUACAGACAGAUAUCUCUAACACUGGGUGCCGUUCUGAUAAACUUUGCGCAGCUGCGCCCUCAUCAUGCAAUCCUUCUGCUGGAGGCACCUGCUCCUUUUUGUCGGCUAAGCAGAAGAGUGGUCAGAUCUAUUCCUUUGAGCUCUCAGGACUGUCAGAUGGUUACAUGGCCUCUGCCUUAUCAACUACUUCUACCACGAAUAAUGGAUCCUUAGCCUAUGUGUGUGCCAACAACAACGGUGCUGUUAAAUUCAUCACUGCUGUCCUCAAUAAUGAUAACACAUUGACAGAGAAAACGCAAAAUGUGAUCUCUGGCUCUGUAAAGGGGAAGAUUAGUGGAAGACAAAUCCAGUGUAUAUUUGAGGCCACACUUCCAGACACCAGUGUUCGUGCAGCGGUUUUCUCAAUGUUAGUCGUUAAUGGAACUUACAAUUCCAGUUCAAAUGCUUUUGGAAGUGCUUCUAUUUUAGUGAGAACCAAUGUAGUAAACCUCUCAGAUCCUACAGCAAAUAUCACCAACCUUGUUACUUCUGGAGUGGCGCCACACUACCAUCCCUUAAUGCAAGCUCUGCUUGUCACCUUUGGCAUCCUGGUUCUCACCAUCCUAGGACACUGAUUUAGACCAUGUGUCCCUUCUUAUCCAUCAACAAAUACCAGUGAAUGGACGCUUUGAAGAUUUAAUAGAAGACAACAUGUUGACAGAGCACUCCCCAUCAAUUUCCUUUAAAGCCAAUGUUAUACAGUUUCUUUAUGUAAUUUCUUGAUGUCAGCAUGAGUUUGUAACAGUGGAAAAAAAACAACACAGAACAGAGGAGCUCAAUCUCUUGUAUGCAAGUAUUUAAAUGCAUGAAUGUUGGAUUUCUUGUCCUUCAUAGAAUUUUAGAUAUUAAAAUUGAAAUUUCAAAUUUAAAAAGCUUUGCGCUCAUUAAACAUAUCUAAAAGUUGCUAACCAAAUUACUGUAUUAACAUACAUGGAAUAAUUUAUGUAAAAUAGGUUUUAAGGUCUGGUUACCUCCUAAACCCAUGUCUUUUCUGUAGUGGAUUAAAGUGCCAUCAAAAGUUGUAAUUAUUUUUUACAAUGUUUUUUUGUUCUAAUUAUUAUGAUGUAAUUGAAUCAUUAAAGUAUCCUGUAAGAGAUAGUCCUAUUGAUAUUUUACUAUGAAGUCAACUUUGACUGAUGUUUUUUGUGUGUUUCUGUAUAAAUAUAUGUGUUUGUAAAUCAUACUACAAUGAAAUGGAGUAUGCUAUCUAACAAUAGUAAAAGGGAUUUUACACAUUGCAAACUGUAAUUGACCUCAAAGUAAUGAUUUUCAAAUAAAGAAUUAACACAAACUUA